CCAAAAGCCUCCAUAAGAACAGUGGUAGACGAAGUAUGAACGCUCAGGGUACCCAAGAAGCUUAGCACAAAUAUAGAUACAAGGAGGAGAAGAUUGCUCUUUCAUAUCUAGAGAACUGAAGGGUUCAAACUUGCUCCUGCAGAGGUCUACCUUGAUUCAGGUUCCAUCGGUUCCUCUCUCAGAGCAAGAAUCUGGCAACAUGGAAGCAUUACCAUCUCCAGGCUACUCUGACAUGGGAAUGGAUCACAGUUUCUUCAAUCAGUGGGACUUGACUGCUUUGGAUCACUACAGUACACCAGUGGCCCUUGGGCGAGAUCUAGAUCAGUCUCCUUCCUCCGAGAGCUACACCUCAUACCCUUCCUCCCACCCGCAAGCGAGCACUGUUCGACCCAAUAAACUCAUCAAGACUAGCAGCUGGAAAUCCUGCGCGACCGAGCAGAACUCGGCUCCUGAAGCGUCCUGUCCGAGAAUUCUGUCAUUUGGCAACCCGGAGUCGCCCAUCUGUCAGUAUGGCAGUCAAGCUGCGACGGGGAAGACGAAAGAAGAGACGGAUGGGUCGAUUCCUAAAGGCUCAAAGAGGAACUACGACACCAUGUUCGGCGAUGGAACGAAGAGCGGGAACACGGGGGUCAGGUCAGCCUCUCAUAACCAGGAACACAUAAUGGCUGAGAGGAAGCGUAGAGAGAAGCUAAGCCAACGAUUCAUAGAGCUAUCCGCCGUAGUUCCCGGCCUAAAGAAGAUGGACAAGGCGUCUGUUCUUAGCGAUGCUAUCAAGUACCUGAAGCAGCUUCAAGAGAAUGUCAAGGCCCUUGAAGACCAAGUUGCAAAGAGGAAUGUUGAGUCAGCGGUACUCGUCAAGAAAUAUCAGCUGUGUGCUGAUGAUGAUAGCUCCUCCUGUACUGAGAACUUCAACGAACGCCAAAGCGGCGAGUCCCUCCCAGAGAUCGAGGCCAGAGUGUGCGAGAAGACCAUCCUCAUCAGGAUUCAUUGCGAGAACCGGAAAGGAGUACUGGUGAAAGCACUGUGCGAGAUCGAGAAGCUCCAUCUUUCUGUAAUGAACACGAGCGUCAUGCCCUUCGCUGGCUCUUCUCUCGACAUCACUGUGAUGACUCAGACCGAAGAGGAGUUCUCGAUGACUGCCAAAGACAUAGUGAAGAAGCUCAACUCUGCUUUCAGAGAAUUCAUGUGAGGAACCGCAUCAAAUUCUCUGUGGAAAAUAAUAAAAGAUUAGCUAGACUUCAGUUCCCAACUACUGGAUCUUGUUCUAAAACACCAGGCCUGUUAUCCCCCAGCACUCCAAAGAUCACCAUUUGCAUCAUGUUUUUCGUUGCACGAGUGUUUAUCUUCAGGUUCUUUUGCUCCUCUCAUCGCAAACUUUUUUGCAUGGUUGAACUACUUGAUCAUGUUUUCAGAAGGAGAAGAGUGAUAGAUACGCUUGGUUCUGUUUUCUUCUUCUUCUUUUCCUUUCUGAGGAUUGCUUUGGCAAGUUGACUUUUCCGUUCAAUCCCGAUCUUCCCUUUGUAGACCUUUUCUCUGAGGAGUUCGACAAUGUAAACACCUGCAUCCUCAGUUCCCAACCAGUGUUUCCUCAAAGCUUGGAUGAGCUUCUUAGUUCUGGGGGAUGAUCAAAUCCUUGUUUCAAAAGUUUGGAGAGAUCCUUCUUGAGGAUCUUACGAAUAAUUCCUAGUUGGACUCUGUUUGCUUUUGUUGUCUUGUGGGAAAUUGUAAGAAACUCCAAACAUGCACCAUGGCAGAGGAUUAACAGCAAAAUGCUAUGAACUGUGAGCAUUGUUUUGCUUUC